AAAUAUCAGUGUAUCAGUGUAGAGAAGAAGAAUAUAGUAACAGUGGGACAGUCAAAAAAUUAGCGUAGCAGUAUCAUAGAAUAAUAGUAUAGUAUAAUAUAAUAUCAGAGCCAGGAUGUUUUUGAUUCGCAGACAACUUUCCAAUUCCUUACCUAGAAUAAUAAAGACAAACUCUCCUUCAUUUGUCCACAAAUCUUUAAAAGGUUCUUUAGAGACUUCUUUAUUGAUCAAAAGAACUUCUAUUAUUUCAGUGCACAGAGACUCUUCGGAUGAUAAUCCAGAUAUACCUUUUGAAUUUAAUGAGGAGAACAAAGUUCGUGCCAAAGAGAUAAUCGCCAAAUAUCCUUCUCAAUAUAAAAAAAGUGCUGUUAUGCCAUUAUUAGAUCUCGGUCAAAGACAAGUUGGUUUUACUUCUAUUAGUGUGAUGAACUAUGUUGCCAAACUACUCGAUAUGCCACCAAUGAGAGUCUACGAGGUUGCAACAUUUUAUACCAUGUAUAAUAGACACCCAAUGGGAAAAUAUAAUAUUCAAGUUUGCACGACAACUCCAUGCCAGCUAUGCAAUUCAGAUUCAAUUAUGGAAACAAUCACAUCAUAUUUGAAAAUCAAACCAGGACAAACAACCCCCGACAAAUUAUUCACAUUGCAAGAGGUUGAGUGUCUUGGUGCCUGUGCAAAUGCACCAAUGAUUGCUAUUAAUGAUGAUUAUUAUGAAGAUUUGACUUCUGAAAAAGUAGUAGAAAUUUUAAAGUCUUUCCAAGAAGGAAAACCUACAGAAGCUGGCCCAGUCAGUGGUAGGAAAUCAAUUGAACCAUUAGGUGGCCAAAAGGUUUUGCUAAGUCCUGAACCAAAUGAUAUUAGAAACUUCACCAGAAGUGAUUUAUAGUUUUAUUAUUAAUUAUAAUAAAACUACAAUAAAACCACAAUACAACCACAAUAAAAAAAUGAAAAUGAUAAUUAAAAUUAAAAUUGAAAUUAACAAUAAAACAAUAAAAAAAUGCACACAUUGAUACAAUGCAGCCUGAUAUUAACUCAGCCAGAUCAAAUAAUUUAUCCUAUUUAAUGAUUUCUAUACUAUUUCUUUCUACCUACUUUCUUAUCUUUAUUUAUCUAAAUUUUUUUUCUUCUUAAAUUAUUGUUUAUUUAGUUGUCUGCAAUGUGUUGAAUUUCUAGCAGCGUUUAUAUCUCAUAUCUAGUUUAUAUAUUCAGUUUAUAAAUUAAUCGACUUCCAUAUUUAUUAUUCACUAAGAUUGAUUCUUAUUAAUAUCAUAUCCACUCGCUUUUUCCCAAACCGGUUCACAUUGUCAAACGUUUUUUUUUUCGUACCGGAUCUGUGAAAUUCAAAAAAUG